AUGUCUAAGCACAGGCUGUUGAAGGAUCUCUUUCGGAAUUCGUCCCUGCUGCUGCUCAAUAAGCUCGGCCACUCGCUGAGCCCGCUGCUGGAGCAGCUGCUGACAGCGGGUAACGCCGGGUCGCUGCUGAACCACCGGUCAUUUUUGCGUAGAUGGUCGCUGAAGCUGUCUAUAACGCCACAAACCAGCUCUCUGCCUGGGCAGCUGCCUGCUGCCAGUGACACAGAGGACAAGAAGGAGAAGCUGCUGAUAUUCCACAGAAGAAAGAACGACAGCCAUCAACACCACCACAGCCAUCUUUCAUUGAAGCGGUUUUUCAAGAUCCUAAGGCCAGAGCACUUGGACGGCGACGACAGUAGCGUGGACUCGAAGAAACCGCCGCUGUUGCCGCUUUCGCUGACAGCCAAUUUGGCAAAAAAGUACGAUAUGGGCAAACUCAUAGGCACGGGCGCCAGUGGGUCCGUCAAUUUGGUCACCAGUCAUGAUAAUUCCUCGGAAAUCUUUGCCGUCAAGAAGUUCCGGGCGAAGUUGAAGAACGAAAAGGAGCACGACUACCAGACAAAAGUGAAAAACGAGUUUCUCAUUGGUGACUACUUGAAACACCAGAACUUAAUUCACACCAUGGAGUUAAUCAAAGAGAACAACGAGUUCCUCAUUGUCAUGGAGUACUGCCCGUACGAUUUCUUCAAUUUGGUCAUGUCGGGCUUGAUGAAAGAGCAAGAAAUCUGCUGCUACUUCAAACAGAUCAUCAAUGGCGUGGCCCAUUUGCAUGAGGCUGGCAUCGCUCAUCGUGACUUGAAACUAGACAAUUGUGUGGUCAACCAAGACGGGAUUCUCAAGUUGAUCGACUUUGGCUCCGCCUUCCAGUACAGAAAAGACAGCGAGGGCGGCACAAAGAAAAUUUUAAAAGCAAAAGGAAUCGUAGGAUCCGAUCCGUAUCUUGCUCCCGAGGUGUUUGACACUUCAGUUCCCUACGAUGCCCGUUUGGCCGAUGUGUGGUCAAUAGCAAUAAUAUUCUGCUGCAUGAUUCUCAAGAGAUUUCCCUGGAAGAUCCCUAGAUCAAGCGAUCCGUCUUUCCGGUCUUUUGCAGGACUCAACAACAUGGAUGAGCCCGUCUCUGAACAAGAAAUGCAAGAGCACGACUCCAAGGGUCCAAAGUACGGCCACGACAGGCUACUUAGACUGCUUCCCAAAGCCUCGCAGUCGCUCAUAAAAAGUAUGCUUACUAUUGACUGCUCGAAGCGAUACCUCAUUGGAGACGUUCUCGCCGACCCAUUCUACUCAUCUAUUCAACACUGUUACUACGCCGAAGUAGACGAGGAGGUGCCACAGGCAGAACCUCAGGCUUCACAGGUUUCACAGCCGCCACCAGAAACACUAGACGGUGCUGAUUCAGGCGCUCACACUCCUCAGCACGUGCCACAGCCGAAUAUACCCAUGAGUCCAGAGGCUGGCUCGUCUCCAGCUUCAGGUUUGCAAUCGCCGGUCUUGAGUGGAUCAGCCACACCCGUAAUGGAAGGUUCUCUGAGCGAAGUGAUUACACACGAGCACGAGCACAGAUUUGGAAGCCACAUUCACGACCCAGAGGCGCUUGCAGGGAAGAAGGUUGUCAAGAAAGUAGACAAGCUUUUUAAGGCGCCCAACCAUAAGCAUCAUUUGGUCACCGAGCAAGAGUUGGAAAAAAUUAAUCAAGAAAGACAGCGAGCCCGCAGAAUGAAGGAGAACGGUGUUGCGUAG